AUGGCAGGAUUUUUUGAUCCGCUUUGCAACCCGAAAGAUGCAAACUUAGAUAUCGUGUUUGUCCACGGCCUUCACGGCGACAGGGUCGACACCUGGACCAAAUACGGCAUAUUCUGGCCCCGGGAUCUACUACCAGAUGAUGUGCGUCAAGCGCGAGUCCUCUCCUGGGGAUAUAGUGCAGACAUCGCCCAUUUCUGGCAGAAAACCACAAACACUGAGCUCAACGACCAUGCUAAGAACCUAUGUUCAGACCUUAGCGGCCUGAGGGAGCAGAGUGUCGAUCGACCCAUCAUCUUCGUUGUUCAUAGUCUCGGUGGCCUCGCGCUUGUCUUCUCCGACCGAAGUGCCGACCAGCACCUGAAGAAUAUCGCAGAUUGCACCCGUGGGAUUAUUUUCCUUGGGACGCCGCACGAAGGGUCGGACAAGGCUAAGUGGGUUAAGAGGGGGCAGGCGUUUGCCAGUCUGAUCGGAAGGGACGUCAACAAAGAAGUGCACGAUAUCCUCAGCGAAGGUUCCUCUCGGCUGAGCGAACUUGACUCCACAUUUAUGAACUUCUUGCGCAGCCGUCGAGAGUCGAAGGACCUGAAGACGGCUUCAAUCGAGGUUAUCGUCUCGAAAGCGUCUGCCUCCAUUACCGGCUACGAGACACAGUCAAUUCCGGCAGACCAUCGAGACAUGUGCAAAUUCGCAAGCAAGGACGAGGACGGCUACCAGAGGAUUUCACGCGUUCUCAAAAGAUGGGCUGUAAUGCUACAGAGCCCCCAGCCUCCGGAACAACGUCUGGGCGACACGGUCACGAUGAAUGUGGGCAAAAACAUGGGCCAGAUGACAGGAAAUCUCCACGGAGAUAACCAUGUAACAUUCAACUAUACUCUGAGCAGUUGA